CCUCUCCCUCUUCCAUUACCCAUUGGAAGAAAAAGGCUGACCUACGAACAAGGAAGGAAAGGAUCGCCAUUGAUCCUCCGACAAUGAACUCAACGCUCACCAUUUCCUUGCUCAAUUUCAAAGUACCUUCUUCUUCCUCCCCCUUCUCCUCCUUCAAUUCAACUUCCCAACUCCCCCAUCGUCUCAAUUCCACCAGGCUCGCCCACCCGCAACCUUCUUCCAUUCCCACCAUUACAGCAUGCCUACCAAACCCAUACCCACCCUUAAUCAUCCAGCGCCUCAAAACCCUGGCCAAAACCGCCGUCUUGAUCGCCGCCUCUGCUUCCGCCGCCGCCCAUUUCUCCGUUCUCCACCCUGCCAAAGCCGAACCCCCUGCAGCAGCUGAAGCUACUCUAGCUGAAGAAACCCCGGCCACCAUCGAAGAGCAACUGGAGCCAAAGAACCCAGCUGCCGUGGAGCUGAAGGAUGAGGACUCUUCUUCGUCCUCGUCUUCUUCCUACUUCGCCUCUCCUUUGUCCGAAUUUCUCGUGGAUAACACCGAAGCUGUCGAGUCUCUGAAGUCCCUGCUGCAGCAGAAGCUCGAGAGCCGGGAAGACGAGGAGGCGCUCAAGAUCCUGACCCGCCUCGUUGCCGCCCAGCCCGCCGCGGUGGAGUGGAAGUUCCUGAUGGCGAGGUUGUACAACGAGAUGGGUCAGUCCUAGAAUGCCCCCAAGGUGUUCGAGGAAAUUCUCGCUGUGAAUCCUUUGUCGUUCGAGGCUCUUUUCGAGAAUGCGCUGCUCAUGGACAAGU